AUGGAUGUUCCAAGAAGGCUCGAGGAUGCCAGGGAGGGCCUGAACAUCCGAUCAUGGCUCUCCGUGUACCAGCGCGACCGGUCUGGAGGGGUUUAUCAUAUGCAUGCGGACUCAGGGUCCGAGGCAGGGCUGGGCAAUGCUUCUAGGCUGUCCCACCUGGCACUGGACCCCGGCACCUUGCUGCGGCCCCUUCCCCUGGGGGGCGUCAACUGGCUUGACCUGGAGCGGGUGGAGGACAGGUACCUGUUGGCAGCCAGCUCCGACGCCUCCGUCCUGCUGUACGACACGCAGGGGCAGGAGGAGGAAGCUGCCGGCCAGGUGCCUCCCGGCCAGGGCCCGGCCCUCCCGGGCCUCGCGCCGCUGUUGAGCCUGACCAAGGCCAGUCCCGGCGGGCACAGGUUCAGCGUCUCCAGCGCCGCCUGGUACCCCCUCGACAACGGUCUCUUCGUCACGGGCGGCUACGACUGCCAGGUCAAGGUGUGGGACGCCAACACCCCUGCCCUGGCUGACAGCUUCUCCCUGGACUCCCGCGUGCACUGCCUGGCGCUGUCCGCCGUCCCCGGCGCGCACUGCCUGACGGCAGCGGGGUGCGAGGAUCCGGCCAUCCAGCUCUGCGACCUGGCCUCCGGCGCGCGCCUGCACAGCCUGGCCGGGCACCGCGCGCCCGUGCUGGCACUGGCCUGGUCCCCCGCCGCCGCCUGGCAGCUGCUCAGCGGUGCCGCGGACGGAUCCCUACGCGUGUGGGACGUGCGCCGCGCCGGCGCCAGCCUCGCGCUGGCGCUGGCGCGCGACCCGGACGCGCUUUUCCUCCCCUCCGGCUCGGCGGUGCUGGGCUACGACCUGCGCAGCGGCGCCGCGCUGUGCACGCUGCGUGGCGGGCACCACGAGGCCGUGCACGCCUGCGUCUGGAGCGAGGCGGGCGGCGGCACCCUAUACACGGGCGGGGCGGACCGCCUGGUGCUGACCUGGCGCCCGAGAGCUGGGCGCGGUGAGGACGAGGAGGAUGCCUGGAGCGAGUGA